AGAAAGAAAAUGAAAAAGUUUGACACUCCAACUCCCAAGUCUCCACCUUGAUUUUAUCGUUGGGAAAACAAAGUUGAAGUCUUUUUUAUCCAACUAACCAAAUUCUUUGAAUCUUCAUAAACCCUCUGCUUUGUUUCUACACCCCCCACGAAACCGGUUCCCUCUGCACUCAAGAAACCCAGUUCUCCAUCGUUGCUAUUUUUUUUUUUUUUUUUUUUAAGCAGUGGUUUAGAAGGGGAUGAUUGUUCGGUCUGGGGAGAAUGGAAACUAAUGGUAGCAUUUCUAAUUCCCAUGAAAGUCAACCUUCAGAUGCUUCAGAUAGUACUAAUAAAGAGAAGCCUACUGAGAAAGUAGUCUUUAUCAACCAUGCUGAGAUAGCUUGGCAGGAGAGAAGAAGAGAAUGGGUUGGUGAUCAGUCUCAAAAACCACGAAGAGCACCAAGAGAACCAAUAAUGAGCUGGACCACAACGUAUGAGGAUCUUCUUUUAACUACUGAACCUUUCCAGGAGCCCAUACCUUUAGCUGAAAUGGUGGAUUUUUUAGUUGAUAUAUGGCUCGAAGAAGGCCUAUAUGACUAGAUGAUUGGAGCACAGUAAGAAUUUCACCCAGUUUUUUGUGUGGAUACUGAUGCUGAAGCAAACCUAUACCUGACAUUAUUAACUGAUGUUAGAUUUGGAAUUUUGUUCAUGAUUACUUAAACUGGAGUGAUUGCAUUGGAAAAUUCAUUACAUGUAAAGAUCCAUUCAUCUUAGCAUAUUGCUUCAGGAUAGCUAAGCAUUUGUGUAAUCAACUAAUCAGAUUCUCUAGUUUGCCUACGAUAUUGGCCUUUUAAUUUUGUACUUUUUGACAACUCAACAUUUUGCGAUAAUAACCGAAGAGGUUCAUGUUUCUUGA